CGCAGAUUGUAAAUAUGGAGAACGAGAAUGUUUUGAUAAAGCUCUUUAGUUUGUUUGAAAGUUUUAUUCAACAGUUACCAUUGCCCGCAGAGCUGGUUGAUUUUACAUUCUGCCGGGAAAAACUUUUGAAAACUGCAGUCUACGAGAACACUGUUUUGGGACAUCUUUCGCGACUCGUGGAAGAUAUCAAGUUUCUAAAGAGCUAUUGUGAUAAAAAUGGAAGAAAUGACCCAGUUGGAUUAAGUUCGGCAGCUAAGAAAAUGAAGCUAGUUGAUAUUCAGGAAGAUAAAACUGUACCAAACAACAUCGAAGAAAUAGACACAUCACUUAUUCAAGUUAAUGCUUCAAAGUCUGAGGUCGAUAGGAGAAUUUCAGCUUUCAUGCAAAGCAAACGUUUGGAGGUUGAUUUGCUGAACAAGAGGGAGUUUUGUAGCAUCAUUGAUACAGAAAGUAACAAUGAAUUUAGCUGUGCACGAGUUGAUGCAGUAUUUGUGCACAGACAUGGACAGAAAAGCCACAUUAAAGUUACACAGGUAGAAAACACAAGUAGUGCAAAUGAGGCACAAGCUCUUGGACCCGAGAUCUCAAGACAAAGAACAACUGUAGCUUCUCAAGUUUCUAUGGAAUUUAGAUCUUGUCCUGGCACAGAAGAGCGCUUCAGAGACAUUGAGAUGCACCUUGGAUACAGACCAGAGACACCUGUACCACAAGACUUUUAUAAGAGACUCUCCGAUCUUGAGAAAAGAAUUCUACACCUGGAGGGUCUCUCGCCAGAGUACUUCAGGAAUAACCCUGAGAAUAUGAGAGAUGGAAAAAUGUCUUCCGGUGGAGAAUCGACCUUUGGUUCUACUCAGAGCCGCACAUUAGACGAGAUUGAUGACAGAAUUAGAAGCUUGCGCCAUUCAUUGUCCAAGGGAGUUUCAAGCUGACUAAAGUAAAUGACUGUGAUACAAAAAUAUCACUGUUAAAUAAUCAUUGGCCUAUACCAGGGAUUAAAUUAGCUGAAAAGUCGAUCAAGAGUACGCGAUGGAGGCGCAUGUGGGCAGAUGAACACAGCGGUCAAUCGUCGGGCAUGCGCAAGGGGAAUAAUUUUAGCCGCCUCCGUGCCAAUUUCCC